GUCUGUCCAGCAUGUAGUGUCAGCCGGCGUCUAAUAUCAUUCAUAAGAAGACUGAGAGGGAGCCAAAAGAAGCAGAGAGGAGGACAAUAAGAAAGAUUCUAGUGGGUCAUGUAAGAAAACUAAGCACCUCCACUCCACCAGCCACCGUCCUCCCCUGUUUUCCUCCUCCAGAGUUUUUAGCGUGCAGCGGAGAGAUGAGAGCCUGCGUGGCGCUGGUGCUGCUGGGCUUCUCCGUGUCCACCUCGGCUGCCUUGGACCUUGUUCUCCUCCACACCAACGACGUGCACGCCCGGGUGGAGGAGACCAGCGUGAACUCUGGGGCAUGUGGCACAGGAAAACCGUGUUUCGCCGGAGUUGCCCGGAGAGCCACGAUGGUUAAAAGGAUCCGCGGCGCCGAAAAAAACGUGCUGCUGCUGGAUGCCGGAGACCAGUUCCAGGGGACUGUCUGGUUCAACUUCUACAAAGGCGCCGAGGCUGCGCAUUUUAUGAAUAAACUGCGUUACGAUGCCAUGGCUUUUGGGAAUCAUGAGUUUGACAACGGAGUGGAUGGACUCAUGAAACCGUUCCUGCAGGAGCUCAAAUGUCCUAUUGUCAAUGCUAACAUUAAAACGGACAAGACUCUGGCCCCGACGUUUGGCACCACUUAUACAUCAUUUAAGAUACUUAAUGUUAGCAACGAGCGGGUUGGCGUGGUAGGAUACACGUCGCAGGAAACGCCUGUUCUGUCCGAAACAGGACCACACCUGCAGUUUGAGGACGAGGUGAAAACGCUGCAGCUUGAGGUGGACAAACUAACGACGCUGGGGAUCAAUAAGAUCAUCGCUCUGGGUCACUCCGGCUUCACCAUCGACAAAGAGAUCGCCAAGAAGGUCCGCGGCGUUGACGUUGUGAUCGGCGGACACAGCAACACGUUCCUUUAUACACCUCCAGGAAGUCCUCCAUCCAAUGAAGUCCCUGCAGGUCCUUAUCCGUACAUGGUGGACUCAGAGGACGGGCGGAAGGUUCCUGUUGUGCAGGCUUACGCCUUCGGGAAAUACCUGGGUCGCCUGGAUGUGAAAUUUAAUGAUGUGGGGGAUGUAGUGAAAGCUGAAGGCAACCCGAUCCUGCUGGACAUUAACAUCCCACAGGAUCCAGAUUUUCUUGCCGAUGUGGAGGAGUGGAAAAAGAAACUGUCAAACUACUCAGCUAAGGUGGUGGGAAAGACUCUGGUGUUUCUGAAUGGGACGACUGAGGAGUGUCGCUUUCGUGAAUGCAACCUGGGAAACCUCAUCUGUGAUGCCAUGCUUGACAACAACAUUGGAUUCUCAGACGGACUCCAGUGGAACCACGUCAGCGCCUGCCUCUUCAACGGAGGAGGUGUCCGAACAUCUAUUGAUGAGCAUACCAGGAACGGUUCGAUCACCAUGGAGGACCUGAUCUCCGUUCUACCCUUCGGAGGAACCUUCGACCUGGUGCUGCUGAAGGGCUCCACACUGAGGAAAGCCUUCGAACACUCCGUGAAACGAUACGGCCAGAGCAGCGGAGAGUUCCUACAAGUGUCCGGGUUUCAGGUAGUGUUUGACCUUUCCAAACCUCCCGAUCAUCGUGUGAAGAGUCUCAACAUCCUCUGCACAAAUUGCCGCGUCCCUCACUACGAGCCUGUUGAGGAUGCGGUGGAGUAUAAAGUAGUGCUGCCGUCCUUCAUGGUGAACGGCGGAGACGGAUUCUCCAUGAUCAAAGAAGAGGUGAUCAAACACAACAGCGGGGAUUUGGACAUUUCAGCCGUGGCAAAUUACAUCACGCAAAGAAAAACAGUUUAUCCGCAUGUUGAAGGACGAAUUAAGUUCUACAACUCUUCUUCUGGACUAAGGGCACAAGUCACUCCACUGGUUUUAUUGGUUUCACUGGUGCUGCUCUGGACUUUGUGUGGCAGCAUUUAAAGUGAAAAUCAGCCAGAAAGACAAGAGGACAGAAAAAGACUGAGGUUUUUUAUAAACUGCAUGUGAACUUUGGGAACGAAAUGAUCCUACAACGCUGAAAAUCUUGACUUGAGUUUUUUUUUUUUUUUGCAACUCUAUUUUAACAUCAUUUUAAACCAUAAAACCUGAAACAAUGUGGUUGGGAGCGUCUUGAAACUCCAUCUGGACCAAAACUACAGCUGAUGGUUUAACCUGAAGGGUGCAGUUCCUCUAACGACCACUAGAUCGCAGCUACAAGAACUCUUGGACUGUUUUGAGUUUAGCAGGAAAUCAUCAAAUUUCUAUCUAGAAAAACACAAAAUAAAAAUCUUUACACAAAAAAAUAAA